CUCAGCUUUGCUCUCGCUCUUGUCCUCGUCUCUCUUCUCACUCUCCGCCAUGAGUUGCCGUAUGCAGAGCUCCUCCGCCAGCUAUGGAGGUGGUUUUGGAGGUGGCUCUUGCCAACUGGGAGGAGGCCGCGGGGUCUCAUCCUGCUCUUCCCGCUUUGUGUCUGGGGGCUCCUCCGGGGGCUUUGGGGGCGGCAUGAGCUGCGGCUUCGGAGGUGGGGCCGGUGGUGGUUUUGGGGGCAGCUUCGGAGGUGGCUUCGGUGGUGGCUUCGGCGGUGGCUUCGGUGGGGGUUUUGGCGGCGACUUUGGAGGAAGCGACGGCGGCCUCCUCUCUGGCAAUGAGAAGAUCACCAUGCAGAACCUCAACGACCGCCUGGCCUCCUACCUGGACAAGGUGCGCGCCCUGGAGGCAGCCAACGCUGAGCUGGAGGUGAAGAUCCGCGACUGGCACCUUAAGCAGAGCCCCAGCAGCCCCGAGCGCGACUACAGCCCCUACUACAAGACCAUCGAGGAGCUGCGGGAGAAGAUCCUGGCGGCCACCAUCGACAAUAACCGGGUCAUCCUGGAGAUUGACAACGCCCGGCUGGCCGCUGACGACUUCAGGCUUAAGUAUGAGAAUGAGCUGACCCUGCGCCAGAGCGUGGAGGCCGACAUCAACGGCUUGCGCCGGGUGCUGGAUGAGCUGACCCUGUCCAAGACUGACCUGGAGAUGCAGAUUGAGAGCCUGAAUGAGGAGUUGGCCUACCUGAAGAAGAACCAUGAGGAGGAGAUGAAGGAGUUCAGCAACCAGGUGGUCGGCCAGGUCAACGUGGAGAUGGACGCCACCCCAGGCAUUGACCUCACUCGCGUGCUGGCCGAGAUGAGGGAGCAGUAUGAGGCCAUGGCCGAGAAGAACAGGCGUGACGCUGAGGAAUGGUUCCACCAGAAGAGCGCAGAGCUGAACAAGGAGGUGACCUCCAGCACGGAGAUGAUCCAGAGCAGCAAGACGGAGAUCACAGAGCUCAGACGCACGCUGCAGGGCCUGGAGAUCGAGCUGCAGUCCCAGCUCAGCAUGAAAGCCGGCCUGGAGAGCUCAGUGGCCGAGACCGAGUGCCGCUACGCCCUGCAACUGCAGCAGAUCCAGGGGCUCAUCAGCAGCAUUGAGGCGCAGCUGAGUGAGCUCCGCAGCGAGAUGGAGUGUCAGAACCAGGAGUACAAGAUGCUGCUGGACAUCAAGACGCGGCUGGAGCAGGAGAUCGCCACCUACCGCAGCCUGCUGGAGGGCCAGGACUCCAAGAUGUCUGGCUUCACUUCUGCUGCUGGAGGAAACGCCAGCUCUGGGGGCUCCAACAUGCGCCGCACUUCCGAGACCCCACGCAGGUCCUAAGCCUCCCUGAACCCGGCCCCGUUCUCCGCACUCCGGGAGUGAACUGACAAUUCCUGCAGGAGG